CGUUUAGUUGGGGUAAUAUACUUCGUGUCUGCGUAGAAAACUAGGACGUAUUAUAUGUGUAGAAAACCACGUGUAUUACUUGACGCAUUAUACUUAUCCAACCCUGCUGCAAAUAUACCUUAACCAAAAUUCUGUGUAUGUCAAGUCAAUAUCUCGUUAACUGUUUAAUACAAAAUUAUCAAGUGGUAUUGCAGAUAAGAAAUGGCUCGAUUAAGAGGAAAAUGUUACUGUAAGGAGAAGUUAACAUCGGCUAUCACAAAAUACACCGAGUUGGACCCAGCUCUACGAUUAGAAUUAAAGAAAAUCGUAGAAGCUCUGAGUGCUGCAGGAAAAGGUGUGCUUGCUGCGGAUGAAUCUGUAUCAACACUGGAGAAAAAGUUUCACGAGAUCAAUAUUGAAAAUAACGAACAGACUCGAAGGGAUUACAGACAGAUGUUGUUCUCCACAGAAAAGUUGGAACUUGCCCGAUACAUAAGUGGCGUAAUCCUGAACCACGAAACAAUCCAUCAAAUGACCUCGGAUGGCUCAGAAUUCUCUGAAUUCCUACGCCAAAGAAACAUCAUACCCGGAGUAAAAGUUGAUAAGGGCUUGACUUACAUGUUCGGUACCAAAGAUGAAUUAACCACCCAAGGUUUAGACGACUUACAGGAGAGAUGCAUUCAGUAUAAAAAAGAUGGUUGCCACUUUGCGAAAUGGAAAUGUGUAUAUCAUGUUAAUGACAGGUUACCAAGUCAAUUAGCAUUGAAAGCAAAUGCCCAUGUUUUAGCCAGGUACGCAAGCAUAUGCCAAAGUGCAAGGCUGGUUCCUAUCGUACAGUCUGAAAUUCUAAAUACUGGAGAUUAUGAUAUAAACAGAGCUGGGCGUGUGCACGAAGAAAUGCUGUCCAUCUUAUUUCGUUCACUAAUGGAAUACAGAGUAUAUUUAGAAGGCAUGAUUCUCAGACCAGCUAUGGUUAUGCCGGGAAAAGAUAAUCCUAAGUACUGCUUACCUAAAAUCAUUGCCGAGUACACAGUGAAAGCAUUGCAGAGAACGGUUCCUUGUGCGGUGCCUGCUAUCAUGUUCUUAGGAAGUGCACAAUCUGAUAAAGAAGUUACAUUAAAUUUGAAUGCAAUUAAUACAUUCGAGGGUAGAAAACCUUGGGUACUCAGUUUCUGCUUCGGACGACCUUUACGGGAUGCUGCAUUCAGAGCUUGGUCAGGAAACUUUGAAAACACCAAAGAGGCUCAAUUAAUAUUCCUGAAAAAUGCAAUGGAGUACUCUCUGGCGUCACAGGGACGUCUAGAAACCAACGAGAAUGAAAACUGCAUCAGAAGCUUUGGAGACUCUGCAGGAUGAAAUAAACAACAUAACGUCUUAUCACCUAUGUCAAAAUGUAGCAAGCACUUAACUGAUAACACUUGAGAUUACACGGAAAUAUUUAAAAAACAUGUUUUCGCAAUGAUUUAAUAUCUUCUGCUGUGAUAAAACGAGGGAAAAAUUAAACAUUACCAUCUACAAAUUUGUGGCAAUAUAUCCAAACCUACUACAACUACAUGCACACAAGUGGCCACAAAAUUAAUGAACUCCUCUUCCAAUUUAUAUAUUAUAUAUAAUUCCAGUUUAUUGUAACAUUCAUAUAGUAUACAUAAUAUACCCAGGACAUGCGAUUGAGCUUUAAAAUAUUUGUCACUAAAGAUUUCCUGUUGCACACUUGCACUAGACGAUUAUAAAUAUGUCAGCAUAAUGCAAAAUAAAGAAUGCCGAUAA